AUGACACCAUUGGCGCACCUGCACGAGACGUUGGAAAAGACUCGAGUCGAGGCCGGACUGAAGGGCAUGAGUGUUGCGGUGAUGCACCGUGGCGAGGUGAUCUUUGCCGAUGGGUUCGGACAACGUAACGACACCGAUCCCUUCACCGCCGAGACGUUGAUGCCGAUUGCGUCUUUGACAAAGGCGUUCACGUCAGCGGCGAUUAGCGAGCUUGUCGGAGAGGGCAAGAUGGACUGGGACACGACCCCCGUCAACACCUACCUCCCCGAGUUUGCCUUUGGAGAUCCCGUCCUCACCUCUCAAUUGACUCUCGUCGACCUCCUCUCCCACCGCACCGGAAUGCCAGAUAUCGAUGUGGCAUGGUUCAAGAGCACAACCACCCGCCGAGAGAACAUCAAAACCCUCCGCAACCUCUCCCCACCCCAAAAGCUCAAACCCUACUACAAAUACAGCAACACCAUGUACGCCGUCGCCGGCGAGGCCUCUGCAAACGUUGCCGGAACCACCUGGGAGGACCUCGUCCAGACAAAACUCCUCGAUCCUCUGGGUCUGAAGAAUACUGGAUUUUCGCCCUCGGGAAUGGUCGAGCGUUCGGAUAACUAUGCGAUGCCGUAUGAUGCAAAGACGUUGAAGGAUGCCCAGGAGGGAAAGUUUGAGAAGGGGUAUUUGGAAGACAGUUUGAAAGUCGACGCGCCGGCUGGGGACAUUUUUUCGAAUGUGUUGGAUCUUGUCAAGUGGGGGCAUGUGGUUAUGAGUGAGGGGGUGUUGGACGGGAAGCAGGUUUUGAAGAAGGAGAGUUUGAAAGAAUGUUUUACGCCACAUUCGAUUAUGUUGGAGAAGAUGGGGCGGGGCAAAGAUUUCGCGAUUGCUGCGAGUUAUGGAUUGGCUUGGGAGUUGGAUACUUACAAGGGCAACAACUUUUAUUUCCACACGGGAUCGUUGUACGGCUUCAGAGGAAGUCUAGCCCUCUACCCAGACGCAGACAUCGUCGUCGCCUUCCUGACAAACACCCACAAAUCCGCCCUCCGCACCUACAUACCCUUCUACAUCGUCGACCAACUCCUCCGCCUCCCCCGAACCGAAGACUGGCUCUCAACCGUCACCCUCCGCCAGACCCAGGCCGAAUAUGACGACUUUGAAGCCGAUCGCAUCGGCGCAGAACUCCCAGCCCGCGUCAAGGGCACCUCCUUCUCCCACCCGAACUUGGAAGCCUACGUAGGGGAGUACUCAGACCCCGUCAUGGGAACUGUGAAGAUCAGUCUGCGCAAGGAUAAGGAUUCAAAGGAGAAGGAUGUCCUCGGGUUGGAGUAUGUCACCUACAAGUCCAAGAUGGACCAUUACCAUUUUGACAGCUUCCGGUUUUCGUUGAAGGACUUUGGUGUUGAUGUUGUUUCCCUUGCCAGUUUCUCGACGGAUCCUGAUGGUCGUGUCAAUGGGCUCCGCUUCAUCGGUGGUCCUGAUGAGGAUGAUGUCUUCAACUUUAAGCGUCGCACUGCAAACACCGCUGCCGCCGUCGUGAAGAAGGAUUGA